GAAAACCUAAGGAUCAAAUGAGAUCACAGGCAUCAGGAAAGUUUGCACGAGAUGAACUUGCAGUAUAGAGUGAGAUGCAGACACGUUCUGUGAAUACAAGCAAGUGCCACUUUAUUUUCCUGAUUCACAGCUGCACAUGUACAAAUGCUGCAGUUAUAUUUCAGUCAACUAUGAAUAAUUUUUGGUCAGAUAGUGUAUUUCCCUGUUAUUUUUAUAUGUAUAUAUUGCUAAUAUUUUGCUUUUUCAAGAUAUUUUAAGAGUUUACUUAAAUUUUAAGAAUUAUUUUAAGAACAAAUAUGGUGUUGGUUGGUUUUCAGGCAGUGGAAGCCAUGCAAUAUUAAAUAUUUUUCAGGAUUUGUUCCCUCAGUCAGUUUCUUAAAUGUGAAUUUAGUAGCCUAAUUAGGUGGUCCUGGUUUUUUUGCUUUUCACAUUGUCUAAACCACUGAAGUAUUAACAGAAUUCAAAAGAAUGUGUGUCUGAGGCAAAGCUGUGGUUUUAGUCUCCCAAUAUGAGUCGGUGUUUUAAUCCUUUUUAAUCCUAACUUUGACAUUUAACCUGAGUAGAAGACACAGAGAAGGUGAUUUAUGAAGGAUUAUAGGAAAGUGACAGGAGUGUGUGCUGGAAUACAUCUAUUGGUAGGUUUAUUUCCAGUUAUUGAUGAUCCAAUGCAGAAGAAUAAAUUUAGUAACUCUGUUCUCAGUUGUCUAGCAUGUCAUCUUAGUAGUUGUAUGAUGCAGAGAAAGAUUCUUUCUAAGGGGGGUGCGCAGUCUAAUACCCCAACAGGUAACUGUCACUCUUCAGCACAGGGUUACACAGCAGCAGUGGUUUUAGUUAAUACUCUGGUAACAGUGUUUAAUAAAUACAGCAGCUGGAGAGGGCUGAGGAAUCUCAUAACAAAGCUGUAGGAAAGAAUUCCAUUAGCCUGUAAAUGCUGGUCUGCAGCAGCUAUGUUCAUUUCUGUGUGACUUCACAACAAGCUUUGUCCUUGUGCUUCAGAGUGUUGCAAAUGCGAUGGUGGCAUGCUGGCAGGAGAGGCCUGGAGCCCUUUGUAAUGUGGCUGUGAUACUGAAAAUACACAGUCCUCCUCCCCAAAUUAGAGGUCUUUUAUUUUUAAUCCCUCUGAUGGUUCAGCUGAAUAGCUUCCUUCUUUUUUUGUGUGUCUCCUGUGUUUUAAUGCUUUGCAGUACACUACCUAAAUUUCUCAGUACCAUGACAAAAUUCCCACUUUACAGUUUCAGUCUUAAAGUGACACUGAUGAGCACUUCCAAAGCUGACAUACUGAUUGCUCUUCAAUGUUGUGUGCAAUUUUUCAAUGAUGUAAAUAAGGUAAAUAAGGAAAAAAAAAAAGAUGGUGUAUGUCUAGGAGUGUAUGUCUAGGACUGUAUCACUUUGAUUCUAUUUCCAAAAUAUCUGUUAUAACUUCACAGGACAGAAUAUUAUUAUUAAUGAGAAGCUAAUGUUGAUAAUGUCUGUUUCCAAAAGACCAGGCUGUCAGUGAUAUUACAUUAGAAACUUAGCAGUUGCCUAUUUCUAGUCUGCAUUUGGAUGAAAAAUUGCACGUGCCAGAGAAUCUGGGCUUACUUUUUCACCUGUUGAAUCAACAGAAGUUCAGCUCCAAAAUUCUCUGGGAUUGUGAUUAAGCUUUAUAUAAAAGUAUGUAUAGAAUGAUGAGAACUGUCAGAGUCUAAUCUUGGAAAAUAAAUCCUGUAUUUUCCUUUUCUGGGGAGAAAAGACGGUCAUGUUUAAAAAAUGUCUCGGACCUGUUUGUGAUGGGAGGAGCUCUAAUUCUAGAAUCGGCAGCUCUUUUGCACUGGCUAGAGAGAGAAGGCUAUGGACCGCUAGGGAUGACUGGAAUAUCCAUGGGAGGACAUAUGGCUUCACUGGCAGUGACAAACUGGCCUAAACCAUUGCCAUUGAUUCCAUGUCUUUCCUGGUCAACAGCUUCUGCAGUCUUUACUACGGGUGUGUUGAGCAAGGCAGUGAACUGGAGAGAGCUCGAGAAACAGUAUUUUACACAAACUGUUUAUGAAGAAGAAAUAAUUCAAAUGCUUGAAUACUGUGGAACAGAUUCUUUCAAGAUGGGACAAGAUUUUGUUAAAAACUUCCCUGACAGUGUGCACAGUCUGGAGGAUAUGGAUGUUACCUCCAGGAUGUUCAACCUUGAGUCCAUGAGCACUACUGUAUCUAAAGAAGCUGUUCACAGCUUUACCACAAAUAAAAGUACUCUAAGUGCCUCUUCAGAAAGACUCUUAAUACAAGAUGCUCCUAAAAUGCAGUGCAUAAAUCAAACAUUUUCAACCAGUAGCAGUAGCAAUAAAAACUUAACCGGCCCACAAGGACGCAGGAUAAAUACAAGAAGAAAGAGUGACACUUUACAGAGAGAAUCCAUAAGGUUCAUGAAAGGAGUAAUGGAUGAAUGUACCCAUGUAGCUAACUUCUCAGUUCCAGUUGACCCAAGUUUAAUCAUAGUUGUACAAGCCAAGGAGGAUGCAUAUAUUCCUCGUACUGGGGUGCGCAGUCUUCAAGAAAUCUGGCCGGGGUGUGAAAUUAGGUAUCUGGAUGGAGGUCAUGUCAGUGCCUACCUCUUCAAACAAGGACUCUUUAGACAAGCAAUUUACGAUGCGUUUGACCGGUUUCUUCAGAAAUACGCUGUUUGAAAAAUCUUCAUAAUGCAUUCAAACUGAUCUCAUUUGUAAUUCAGUGUACUGGAACUCGUAUUUGGAAAACAAGCUGCUUGCAACAUUGAGUAGCCACUGACUUUGGCUGUUGUAGGUAACAAUAACUGGAAAUGGUGAAGUACCAGCAUUACUUUCAUUUCAACCCAGUGCCAUUCUGACACAGCUGCUUCAGCAUUACCUGUGAAAAAUCAAUGGCAGCAUUUGUCAGCAUUCAUGUACUUUGUGUCUAAUCAGGUUGUGUAUUCCUUGAAUUCUGAAUCAAUUCUGAAUUGUGUGUCAGUGGAAAAUAGACCAGUCUAAGAAAGAAUGUAAAAUGUGCUGUACGGCUAAGCUGCUCUCUUGUGUUUAGUGUGUUUCUGGUUUGUUCCAUAUGCCUUGGUUUCCUCUUGCUUCCUUGCGCCCUUGCUAUUCCCAUUGUAUUUUACUACAGCUUUGCCAGUGCUCAGCCUCGUGUGUUUGUCACUGGUUUUCUCUUCAAUUAUGAAUUGAAAAUGAGCUGUAAUAGGAGGGGCAGCAUCUAAUCUUGCAAAAAGAGACUGUGACAAUUCAAUGAAAAGUGAGAGACGUUUUCAUUCAAUACAUCCCUGAAGUUUUUCUGCCACUGAAAUAACCAUGCCGUUCCAGAAGGAUCAUGUAGCAAUUCAUCAGUCAGGUUCACAAAACUGGAAUAAGUGAAAAUCAACUGUCUGGUUAUUAAUUCUUUACAUUAAUUCAGUUGGAUAACAAAAAUUUCUAGUUUGUUUUUUUUUUUAAAGAAUGGUAGAAGAGAUAGAGAUUUCAUCAUUUACAGUGGCUGCUUUUAGGCAGUUAAAUCAAUAGCAGAUUAUAUGGUGCUGCUGGGAAUAUUUCAACAGAAGUCCUUUUUAAAGUACACUCAGUGCUGAUAUGCAAAAUACACUUCCAUUGUAUAAUUUUAAAAAUACAUGAGACUAAAUGUUUUUAGAACAGUUAGGUUUGCUCCUUAUUUUUCAUCACUUGGGUUUUUUUAAAUCAAUGGAAAAUAAAGAAAUUCGGAUCUUGAACACACUUAAGAAAAAAGCCUCUUUUGGGAACAAAAAUGCCAACAAAGUACACUAUCAUAUAAGGUUGUCAUGUAGUGACCGUAUGUGGUAUCUCUCCAUGUCUUUUUUUGUGGUAAUCUCCUGCAACAUUCUCUUAAAGCCAAUUCGCAGAGAGGUGGAAAACUGUAACACUUCAGUAUUAAUUUUAGUACAGUCAUGACCAGGGUUACACUGAAACAAAUUGAAAAACCCAGCCAUUUCUCAGGAUGUUCAACUUCUGCACUUUUCCAAUCAAGCACUUUUGAUCUCCAUGGUUAGUGUGAAGAUUUUUAGUAGGCAGAGUAUGGAGCAAACAAAGCUCGGUUUAUAUUUUCUUGAAUUUUACUCUGACAGGACUAAUAACUGUGAAGAAGUCAUGGUUCACUUGAAAAUCAGGUAUGUUUAGGUAAAACUGAAGAGCAACAAUUCACAAUAACCCAAAUUAUUUAAGAUACAAAUUUACUGAAAAUGCAAAAGAAGUUCUGCUCUUUUGGAAGCGAAAUUGCUUCUCUCAAGGGGUUUUUCAUAAUUUCUUUGGACAGCGUUGGCUUUGUAUAUAUUAGGAGCAAGUGUGAAGUGACUAACAUGUUUAAAUACAAAAUAUUGUAAACACCAAAUAUUGGAGGUUUUGAAUUCAAAUAUAAGUAAGUUUACAAAUUUAAAAUUGGCAGCUUGAAUACUGUACUAAGAGAUUUACAGGGUUUACAGUUUACAGUCUCAUUCAUCAACUAAGAGUGCUUUACAAGACUACUCUGCUGUUCAGCAACUUUUGUAGCUCUCACAUUUUAAAUGUAAUUGUGUGCUUUUUGUCCUGUUUCUGUUGCAGCUAUGAGAAAGGGAGAUAUGUGGUGGCAAGGGAAAGGGCUUGAAUAAAUGCAAGAGAGAAAAGACAGAUUUUGUAAAGGCCAGGAGUAAGCACAAAAAAAAAAUCAACUACGCUACAAAGUAUAACAUGCCAAAGUAAAUAUUUUCAAAGCGCACAAUACUGGGAAUUACACAACUGAUGGGAACUUGACAUCCUGAGGUUAGUGUUCCAAUGGUAUUAGUAACAAGGUUUAACUUAUCCAAAGGUCAUUCUAUUCACAGAUGAAGAUUUAGGCCAGUGCCACUCCUGGUUGUGAGUGUGUCUUUUGGGACAACUAGUGAAAGACUGGUUUCUGAAAAAAUGAGAAAUCACACUUUGCUCUGUUGCUAAAGUCAUGUUGCCAAAUAUGUUAGCAUUAUUUAAGAAAUUUCUCAGGUUAGAGUAGCAAAAAGGAAAAAGGAGCUCUGUGAUCUGUUUCUGCCAGUUAUCAGACACAGGGAGCUAUUAGGUGGUCUGUGAAGGGGGGAAUCUUGCUGUGUACGUGUUUUUAACCUUUGGGAAAUUGACUUUUUAAACCAGAUUUUAAGGUUAAAGCCUAAGAAAGUAUAAAUAAUCCAUUUUGAUGUUAAAAGAGAAUGUGAUUUUAAUCCAGCAAUUGCAUGAGGGAAAUACUGGAAUAAGAUUCCUGCACUAAAUCCAUGUAGCAGGUAAGCCAUUCUGUAUGUCUUAAACUUAUUGUAAAGCUGGCCUUGGUGAUUUUUUGGUUUUAAAGUUUUUCAAUAAAAGUCCUAAAAAAACA